AAGCCUUGGGACCUCUUUUAUAUACGGUCUAUGCUUGGGACGUAAACAACUAGCUGCACCCGUGUAAUGUUUUAAUCUAGUUAUCUCAACACGAUACCUUCCGGUGUUCAUUUCACUACCACAAGUCUCUGUUGCUCGUUAUACGGUCCAAGGGAAGGUAGUUUUUACGUUUGAUCUAAAACUGAGCGUUAAUUAGGUCAGCCAUGAGAUUCUACUCUCCUCUCCUGUUCUGCCUUGCAGCAGUCAUGUCCUCCACUGCUGUCUUUUCAUAUUCCCAUAUGUGGACCAAGUUGGUGCUGACUCAUCACUGGCCCAUCACUUUCUGUUCUAUGGAGCACUGUCAUCCCAACAUUAGCUACUGGACGCUACAUGGACUCUGGCCAGAUCAGGGGAUCAACUGCAAUAAAUCAUGGCAUUUUAACUCUUCCCAAAUAAAGGACCUGCUUCCAGACAUGGAGAAGAGUUGGCCUGACCUGCUUAACCCUUCAUCUGCUGAAUUUUGGAAAUAUGAGUGGCAAAAACAUGGGACAUGUGCAGCCAAAGCAGAUUCACUGAACAGUCAACAUAAGUACUUCAGUAAGGCACUGGAAUUAUACCAUAAACUGGAUCUGAGCAGCGUCUUGAGGAAGUUUGACAUUAUCCCAUCUGAAAAAUACUACACUUUUUCUCAGAUUGAAGGAGUGAUAGAACAAUUCUAUGGGAUCAAACCUAAGAUCCAGUGUGUCCAUCCUUCAAAGAAUGCUGAAGCCCAGAUUUUGGGGCAGAUCGAGAUUUGUUUCGACGCUGACUUCAACCUGCUGGACUGCGAGAAACGGCUUACAAUGGACGCUAUUUCAGAGGGAGGUUGGGACCAUGACGCGGACAUCAACAGAGCAUCUGGAUUCAUGGUGUGUGACCAUGACAUGCCAGUUUUCUACCCACCACUUCCAUGACAUUCAUGCAUGCACAAACUGAAGUGUAACAACACACUAAUCUAAAAAAAAAAAAAAAUGAGCAAUACAAUGAGCAACUUAACUUUUGUUUACAAAUACAGUCUAAUUUAGUUUGCACACACAUUUAGGGAUCAUUCAUUUUAUUUUUCAGGCUUCACAAUGAACAUUAUACCUCUAUUGAUGAUGUGUAAAAAUGAUUCAGUGCAGUUUGUUUUUGUGCUAUAUUUGUUUUUACUGUGUGCCAAAUGUUUUUAGUUUGUUUGUUUAUAGGUUUUAUUGGCGUUAAAGUUAGUUCACAAAUGCCUCUUUGAAAUGACAAUGAAAUAAAUCCAACACAACAAUUGAUAAUCAUCAAUACUGCUGAACCAGUUUGCACACAAUACUAACCAACAUGCUUAUUUUUAAGGUUUUUGGACAAAAAUUUGUUAUAUUUUGAAAACCCUAAAUGUCUUUCUUUGCAACAUCUGUAUAUUUUAUGCAUUAUGAACAUAAGUGACAGUUAUCAUUGACUAUCUUUGGAUCUUUGCCAAGUACAUGCACUUGAGUUAAAUUUUUCCUGGUUAGGUCUGUGCCUCUGUGGUGCACGGUAAGAACUGGACAGCUUCAGUUCUUUCUGCGCUGUUGAUUUUUUAGAAAUGAGCGAUUCUAGGAAUGUGGAAAACUCAAGAAAAGCACAUUGCACAAGAUGUCACACAAUCUCUUUGCAAAUCGUUGCUGCUCUGAGGCCUGCAUAAUGGCACAUUUCUCUCUCUACUGGUUGGCUGUGGCUUUUUCUAUGAAAAGAUUAAUCAAUUCAGUUUAAAAGUAAAUGAUUGUUGCAAUAUCUGCAGUCGACGAUGCUGUGAUGUAAAAUUACUGAAAUGAACAGCUGAACGCUGUAAUUUGUAAUGUCAAUAAAAUAUCUUGAAA